CCUACAAACAUAAAUCAAAACAUAACUAGAGACUGCGUGUAUCUCCGUCAAGUGCAUUUCGUCCCUUGUGAGCCGACAAGGCCCACGAAACUUCGCAUCACGUGAUAGGAUACCUGCACCGCAGUUUGGAUUACAUCGUGUUCUCGAGAAAUUUUAAGGCACUUGGAAUCCUUGGAUGCUGCCCGCUAUGGCAAAUUCUUCACAAAUUUCACCAACAAUGGAGCCAGUUAGCGCGUUAUGUAAAUUUGCGGGUGAAGGCGAUCUCGUCUACACACUUGGAGGCAUAGGAAUUGGGUUGAUGCUGCUGAUCAUGUUGUCGCAAAAGAGGGUCAAUCUAUGGCUGGAUGUACUUGAUGGAAGACCAGGACUAGUGAUACCAGCCAAUUUGCUGGAAGGCCGCUCUAAUCGAUAUUGCUACGUUGCUGCGUUUUGCGCAAUGGUUGGUGGUCUCAUCAAUUUGGUUUUUAAUGCUAUUGCCUUCACAGGAUCUGAACCGUGGACACAAACUUUACGAGCAAUUUCUUCUGUGUUCCUUAUCUCGGUUUCAUAUGCUGUAAUUGUAACUGGAAUCGAAGCUCCUGUUAAGCUUGUUGGCUACAGCAUUGGUCUCAUCUAUAGUAUCACAAUCUUUUCACUAGAAAUUGUCAUACAAGUACAAUGUCAAAAUGCAGUAUAUGGAGUUGCACUAACUGUACUUGCCGAACUCCCAAGUUUAUUCCUAUUAUACGUUAUUUGUUGGUAUGCAUACAAAUUAGUGAAGGAACUGCUGUCAAUCAACAAGGAGAAUUACAGUAUUAGUCAAGACGAGGUUCCAAUUGAAUGGCAUUAUGUGAAACACAGACUUUCCAGCAAGCCAAAAGACACUACUGCUGUGGAGUCCAAAUGGUAUGUUCGAUUUAUCAACAGAAUCAGAUAUCACUGGGAUCCCACUUUCAGGUAUUCUACUAGGAUGCUGGUAACUAUAUCAGUUGCAGCAGUGGCAUUAUGGGAGGUGGCUUUGGCUUUCCUUGGUGCUGGCAUAUACCUCCAUAACAACUUGAAUAAUCUAGCAAGCUCCCUGAUCAAUAUUACAGGUGCUGCAGAUAAUUCUUUUAAAAUCCGCUUUAAUGAUGUAGUUGACUUCAUUGCUGACAGUAUCUCUGCUAGCUACUUUACUGCAACUACACUGACCACCUUAAUCACAGCUGCUCAUUUGGUUCAUAUUCUAGCUUGCUACAGGAAACAUAUAAAGCGUUUGUAUCAUGGACACAGCUGGUUUCUACCUCGAGCACAGCCUGGACCAGUAGGACUAGUGACUGCAGCAAUGAGAUAUUCGGGAUAUCAGAUUGGCUAUGUGCUGUGGGGCUUUGUCUUACAGUUUCUUGUCUUCUUUCUUGUAUUCCUGACAAUAGCAAUCUUGUUUUUCUUUGACAUCGUAUCAUUUGGUGAUCUCAUACUCAAGUUCUUACCCACUAUUGUAUUUACCAUCCUGCUGUUUAUUGCUCAAUUCCUUCUAGCCAAGUAUGUGCUUCUGACAGACUAUGGAAAAUAUGUGAAUAUUUCCAACAGGCGUUUGUUCCAUUGUGUUUCAUUCUUCUCUUUUUUCUACAAUGCUCUUAUUGGUCUGUUCUCUUGCCUGAGACGCAUUGUUACAGGACUUGUGUUAGGUCUUUUACUUAUUGGCCGCCUUGAUCGCUGCACUCUACCUAGUGGUUGGGAAGGCUUUGAUCCAGGAUACAGAAGUUAUGUUGGAUACCUUCUUUUGGAACAGUCCUACUCUAACCCAUAUCUUGUUACAUUCUUGUAUCUGCUUAAAACAAGACAAAUUAAAACUCCCACAGAGAAAAUUCACUUGCAGGGAAACAACAUAGACUCGAACCAAUUGCUGACCUACCGAUCACAAAUUAGUCGCAACAGAUGGCUGGUUGCAUACACUCUAAUCAACAAUCCUACUCUACUGAAGUAUCGCGACCGCAAAGUAGACAAAAUGGAGUAUGCCAAGUUGCUAACCAGAAGCAUCAGUCAACCUACAAAUGAAUCAACUCGAUCUGGUUCUACACAAUUAUUGAUGACAGCAGAAUAUCAACUUUCUUAGCUAUCACAACUCUGAACUCGGACAAUCAAUACCGCAAUUGCUUUGGCCAUUGAUUCUCUGCAUGUGAUUUUUUAACAUUUUAGCAGCUUUUGUAUUUGUUUAUUUGACCUUGCUUGGGCUGGCACACAGUAACAAUUUGAUGCAAGUUAUAUUAAUUAAUUAAUAUUGCGUAUAUGCAUGCACUCUAGAUCCUGUACUGUCUUGGGAUUCCCUACUAACAUCAUGGUAACGCUACUACUGUAGUAGACAUCAAGUGUGAAUUUAUAACUA